AACAAAAACAGAGCGAGCGGUGGGGUUACGUUUGACGGUACAGUCACCCCGGCGGAAUAAUAGCAGUUCUUUUUUAUAGACGAUCACAGUGAUGCUCAUGCGCACUAUCGAUCAGACUUGAAACAUAAAAUAUGUUGACCGUAGACUGGGGACUGUAGAGACAACGGAGGUAGACAAAGCCGGGAUCAUAAUAUCAUAAUAAUGGGAGGAGUGAAGCAAGAGCAGGGCGAGGGUUCUCACCCUCGAGGCCCUCACUCAUCUGAGACCCCGCACGAAGAGUGUUUCGUCUCCGUCCAGCCGGCCAAGAAGAGGGGCUGGCCCAAGGGGAAGAAGAGGAAGAAGGUUCUCCCCAAUGGACCGAAGGCCCCGGUCACGGGGUACGUCCGGUUCCUGAACGCACGGCGCGAGCAGAUCCGGGCCCAGCACCCAGACCUGCCCUUCCCAGAGAUCACCAAGAGGCUGGGCGCCGAGUGGAGCCGCCUCAACCCCACCGACAAACAGCGCUACCUGGACGAGGCGGAGCGUGAGAAGGUGCAGUAUGCCAGAGAGCUGAAGGAGUACCAGCAGAGCGAGGCCUACCAGAUCACCACUGCCAAGAUCCAAGACAAGAAGGUCAAGAGAGAGGAGUCUCCCUCAGUCAUCAUCAACGCUAACAGCUCAGGAGUCUCCAACAAGGGCUUGGAGAUAUCUCCCAGGUUUGAUGUACCCAUGUUCACUGAGGAGUUCCUGGACCAGAACAAAGCCCGGGAGGCGGAGCUACGGCGCCUGAGGAAGGCCAACGUGGAGUUUGAGGAACAGAACGGCGUCCUGCAGAAGCACAUCUCCGACAUGUUUGCCGCCAAGGAGCGCCUGGAGGCGGAGCUAGGGCAGGACGAGCUCAGGACGCAGGCGCUGCAGCGCCACCUGCUGGUCAUCAAACACACGCUGGUCAGCAGCCUCAGCUCCAUAGCCCUGCCAGGUACAGGAGAGACGCCCUCGCUGGGGAAUCUGGACUCCUAUCUGAGUCGCCUCAGUGGGGCGCUAGAGAGCAGCCCUCACGAGCACCGCGCCCUGCUCACCCAGCUGAGGGACGUGCUGGGCCAUCUGGAAAAUGAGAAGCUGUGAGAAGGCUGCCCUGAAGGAGAGGUCAAAGUUGACGACCCUGACGAUGACCCCCAGGAUAACCCAGAGAGAACCAGACACUGUUUUGCCCGGUUCUACUCCAGUGUGUCGGAGAACUGCUCUACGUGACAGAACCCUGGCUGUCCGUGGAGGGGUGUUUCUGAUUGGUGGUGAGAGGUAGCUUGAGUGCUACAGUGACCAAUCAUCUUUACAGUAACUGACCACAGCCCCUCUGGGUUUGUGAGAGAUCAUUUCAUUGGAGCAGUGUGUGUUGGGACUUAAAUGUUUGUGUUAAUUUUCAAAACAGGAAUAUGCAUUUGAUGAUGUUUUUUUUGUAAUGUUUGCGUUCAUUAAAAGUGAAUGGUGAUUUAUCUGA